AUGGUAGUGGCAGUUGAGCUCUACCCUUCACCAAAUCCUGAAGGAGUUAGGUGGCACGCCAGGAGAGGUAUGGAUCCCACAUUAUGGAAGAAAGAGCUGUUUCCUGUUCGCGGAACAGCUAAAAUGAAGAAUGUAAAAUUAGAAGGGUUUUGCGUCGUACCUGCCAAGACGUACCCGCACGCGUACCCGCCCCGUCGGUCUUCUCGCCACCGAUUUGUAGCCGUCUACAAAUACGCCCCCCACCUUCCGUUCCCACCAUCGCAGGCGAGAAUGAUCCGACGGAUGUCGCGGGUGGCGGACUGCUCCCAGUGCCCGGCGAUGCGGGGGUGGGAGAAGGGGAGGCGGCCGGCAGCUGCGGCGGCGCAGGGCCACGUGCCGCUCCACGUGGGGGAGGAGAUGGAGCGGUUCGAGGUCCGGAUGGAGCUGCUCGCCCGGCCCGCCUUCCUCGAGCUGCUGCGCCGGUCUGCCCAGGAGUACGGCUACGGGCAGCGCGGCGUCCUCCGCAUCCCCUGCCCGGUCCCGUUCUUCCGCCGCCUCCUCGCGGCCUGCGGGAGUAGGGUGGAGGAGGAUGGACUGCUCCGGUCCUUCGACGAGUUGUUCCACUCGUCCUCCGACCCGAAUUGACCCGGCGAAUCGAAUCCGCUUCCUGGCUUCUUCUUUUCUCUGUUCGCUGAUCCGCCCAUGGAAGCUGUUGUUGUAGAUAAACUUCAUGGUGUAUCGAAGGAGGGUCUUCUUCCUUUUCACUCUGUAGAGAUACCGAUGAGCUCCAAUUACAUGAAUUCUCGAAACUAUUGUACUUCA